AUGCCACCACCUUUUCUUACCCUCCUCCCACCUUCCCACAGCCAUUCCCGCCGAAACUUGGCUUCCCAACCUAUCAUACCCAACCAACUUAUAGCAUGGCAUGGUACGCUCCACCAGAAUAACAAUAUAAGUAUGCCCCCUUCCCCACCCUUCCACCACGAUGGAUGCGACAGCGACGACGAUGAGGACAUGUUCGUAGAUUCCCACUCCCACCAGUCAGCAAGCCCAACUACUACCGGCAUGUCCGAUACCACACCACCACCGACCCCAUUCCAAAGCACUCACGAGCAGCAGCAGCAGCACCCCACCAUGGAGCGUCGACUCGGUAGUUUUUCCGCGGGGAGUGAGGCGCUGGGCGGAUUCGUCUUUCCGAGCACGAGCGACACGGCGGAACGGGAUAUUCGCGAGGUGGAUGGUGACGACGACGACGGGCAUAUGGACACUUCGGAGGAUUGCGUGGCGACGGCGAGAGUAGCGGGCGCUAGGGAGGGGGAGGAGGAUGAACACAAGCCCAUGAAACCACCGCUCGGAGAGAGGUUUUCGAAGGAUGAAGAGAAUCGCCUCAUAACAGAGUCUACCUCCUACCGCAUCUCGGGAAAUCGUCUAUUCAACUCCAACUUUCUCCUCCCCGCGCUCGACGCGUACAAGCUCGCGCUGACCUCGUGUCCAAUCUACCUAGUCCACGAAGUGGCGACGAUAUAUGCCAACAUCGCUGCUGUGGAAUUGAAGCUGCAGCGCUAUCCCGCCGCCGUUAAAGCCGCCACAAAAGCGCUGGAAGGUCGGCCGCGCUGGGGGAAAGCAUUGUACAGGAGGGCACGGGGCAGGGAGGGGAUUGGCGGUUGGGCGGAGCUGGAGGGGGCGUUGGAGGAUUACAGGGCUGUUGAGGCCUCGGCCGGUGGGGCUGGGGGUGCAGCGGCGGGGGGAAUUGGCGAGAAGGAAUUGGAGAUUGUCAGGGAGAAGAUUCGCUGGUUGCCCGGCAGGAUCGAGGAGGUUAAGGAUACCGAGACAGCGGAGGUUAUGGGGAAAUUGAAGCAGAUGGGCGAAGGGUUGCUCAAGCCGUUCGGGAUCAAUACUAGUGAUUUUGGAAUGGUCAAGGGCGCAGAUGGGGCGUAUAGUCUCCAAUUUCGCAGGUCGUGAUGUUAUGGUCUUGUUCUGUGCCCUCCUGCUCCCCCAUCACUUUUUGUCUACCUUACUUUUCCUUUCUUUUUUUACCCUUUCUCUUCUUUUUCUACGGUGCAUUUUUUUUUUUUACAUCUUACGCUUUCUCCCAAGUUUUUUUUUUUUUUUUUGUCUAUCCUCGUCUACUUUGUCAAUGACACUAGGAGUUCCGGCUCGUUCAAUUCAAUCCACCAUGAUACCGGUAACCC